GUCAAAAAUUGAAAUGGUGACACUUUGCGCAUCUUAACACGUUUUCACCUCUAACCACACAAGAAUUCUUGUUUCUUUCCCCUCUUUUUAUACACCAUUCCCAACAUUCACAGCACAAGCAGAGAUCACCAUAAUUCUUUCUUCAUAUUAUUCCCGUAAAAAACCCUUUUUUGUUUUCUUCUCAACAAGGGUUUUUGUUCUUCGAAAAUCAACAUCACCAAAUAAAGGUUUUUGUGUGUUUUCCCUUAACCUUUUCUUACUUCAUCUUCUUGAAUUCCAAUUGAAGAUUUGUGCAUGGAAUUUGUGCAUCUUGAAAACCAACAACUGGUUGAUCCUCGGCAUGUGAAUACAUACCUACCCAGACGGUCAAUUGGGUUGUGUCCAAACUCGAAUCUUGAUCCUCAGGUACGACAUUUACCCCCUCCUGAUGGGGUUUUGGGUUUUCGGGGAAACCCAGAUGUAAUUCUAAGAAUGGAGAUGGAAAGGUCAAUGUCUCUCUUUCAGAUUAUGGGCGAUGAAGGUUUAGUGCCCUCUCAGGAGGAGGAAAUGAAGAGGAGAAAUGCUAUUGACAAGCUCAAAAAGAUUGUGAGGGAAUGGGUUCAGACAGUGGCUUACCAUCAUGGUCUUCCCAAAAGAUACCUCAGGUUUGCAUCUGGCACAAUAUUGACAUAUGGAUCAUAUGGUCUAGGAGUUCAUAAUUCAGAGUCAGAUAUUGAUGCAUUGUGUGUUGGACCGUGCUUUGCAACAAUAGAAGAAGACUUUUUCAUUGUUCUGCACAAAAUUCUCGCGAGCAGACCAGAAGUAUCAGAUAUCCACUGUGUCAAAGGUGCAAAGGUUCCUCUGAUGCGAUUCAAAUUUGAUGGGAUCUCUAUUGAUCUUCCAUAUGCUCGACUGAAAGUAAUAUCUAUACCUGAGGAUGUGGAUGUAUUCAAUCCAUUCUUCCUGAAGAAUAUUGAUGAUACAAGUAGGAAAAGUCUGUCUGGUGUUCGUGCAAAUAGGAGAAUUCUUCAACUUGUGCCAAAUGUAGAGAUAUUCCAGGCAGUUCUGCGUUGUAUUAAACUAUGGGCAAAGAGACGAGGAGUUUAUGGAAAUUUGCUCGGAUUCUUUGGAGGAGUUCAUCUGGCAGUGCUUUCAGCAUUCAUCUGUAAAAGGCAUCCAACAGCCAGCUUGAGCGCACUUUUUUUUAUUUUCUUCAAGACAUUUGCCUUUUGGCCUUGGCCGACUCCAGUAGUUUUACAAGAUGGAGUUGCUUGGCCCUUUAUUCCCAUGGAUAAAGUUUUGUGGAUGCCAAUCCAGUUACCAUGUAGCCCAUAUCAAUUGUGUCAUUCAAACAUUGUCAGAAGUACAUUUUUAAAAAUCAAGAAUGAGUUCAUGAGAGGGUAUAUGCUGACUAAGGAUAGGCCAAAUUUAGAUUGGAACAUCCUCUUUGAGCCCUUUCCUUAUCCAAGAAAAUAUGGGAAAUUUGUCAAAAUUUUCCUCUUAGCUUCUGAUAAAGAUGAGCUCGGUGACUGGUUGGGUUUUGUCAAAUCACGCUUUCGCUGCCUAAUUAUCAAAUUUCAGGGAGUCUCUGCCUGGUUUGUCUGGCAAUGCAUAAAGCAAUAUCCUUUUACAACUGGAGGAGUUGCUGGGGUUUUGUGAUCCCAACCCAACAGAGUAUGUUGACGUGGAUGCAUCUGACCCCAAUGCCGUUUUCUAUUGGGGAUUGCCACCUGCUAGGACCGAUAUGAUAAAUAUAGGUCACGUGGAGGAAGAGUUCUUGAAUAGCACGAAGAAUGUAUAUCAAGGCCCAACUGGGAAGAUGAAGUUAUCAAUUGUGCAAGCUGAUCAGUUACCUCAAAAGGCUCACUUUGGUAGUAAGCGCCAGAGUGCAAAGCCAUGUUGGAGGAUUGUGAGGAGCAAUCAGCGAAAAGUUCCUGCAUACUACAAAUACCAACCCAUUCGUGUCGAUAGAUAUUUGACCACAAAUGCAUGUCCCGAGUACCAAAGUGCUGGGGGUUAGGCUGCUGCCGUCCCUUCUAGUCUUUUGCACUUCCGCCGUUUGGUCUUCCACUGAGUGAAUAGGUUAAUACAGUUUGUAUUCGUGGUCAGUACAGAGAAGAUUGACAAUUGUACAUUUUGAGUGUGUUACACUUGUAAAUCAUCUGAGUGUGUAAAUGCUUUUGCUUAUGAAACACAGAUUGAAGAAAUGAACACGUGUCCAUGAAAAAUGAGUCGUAUGGACCUCUUGUUCUUUAAUGGAUCUAAUGUUGCGACUGGUA